CUUAAUUAAAAUGGCCGUAGACGGGCGUAAAUUUAUCCAAACUUUGUAUCACGGUUCGGACAUAAAACAUGAUUUUCCGUGUUUACCGUGUACUAAAGAAGGGAAGAAUGUAGCCGCUAUCAAACACUGUGUGGAAUGUGAUGAAAACCUUUGUCAAAAAUGUGUGGGUGAUCACAAUAAGUUUUCGGCAAUGAGAAGACAUCAGUUACUUGACACGAUGAAACAACCGAGCGGGAAAAAGCAAGAAUUACCAAGGCAAAGAUGUGAAAAACAUGGAGGAAAAUUGAUAGAUGUCUACUGCCCUGGUCAUGAUAAGGUUGGCUGCUCAACUUGUAUGACCGUUGAACACAGAAGCUGUACAGACAUUACUUUCAUACCAACCUUAGCGUGUAAGACUGACACUACUCAGACACUACAGCUCCUCGAAAACGAAAUAAACACACUUGAAUCCCGCUUCAUGGCGUUAAAACAAAAGAAAGCGAAGGAACUGGAUAAUGCAAAGAAAGAAAAAAGUCAAUUGAUUAAAGAAAUAAAAUCAGAAAGGAAGAAUAUUAACGACCGUCUAGACAAGAUGGAAAUGGAACUUCUUCAAGAAAUGGAUGCAACGUUUCAGAUCAAACUGAAACAUCUAGAGUCAAACAUGAAGGAAGUUGAUUUGCGGAUCGCUGCACUAAAAGAAAGUCUUCAGAAGAUAAAUGUUUCUAAACAUGAAAACGAAUCAGAGAAAUAUGUACAGGUGAAACUUAUCAAGGAGAAAUAUAAAAAUUCAAUGGGAAGUUUAAAAUACUUUGAAAGGUCAAGCAAAACAGGCACAUUACGGUUUCAUUCAUUUCGACGUGAGACUGAUUUGAAAUGUAAUACUAUUGGAAGCAUAUUACAUCUUCCAGCUACUGAAGUUGAAAACUGUUUUGGUGAAUUUAAUAUUCGGGUAGCAGGUGACAAGGAGAGGUGCGAUAUAACUGACAUGUGCAUGUGUGACGACGGUUGUAUUGUUAUGACUGAUACCAAGAACAAGAGAAUAAAAAAAUGAAUGAGUCAUUAAAGGUCAUUUCUUCGCUGAAAUUAUCUAGCGGUCCUGUAAGUAUUUGUGAGAUAAACUCGUUAGUGCUAGCCGCUACUCUGUACAAAGGAAAAGUUCUGCUUAUCUCCCAGGAAGAUCCUAUGACGGUAACAAACUCGAUCGAAGUCAGUAAUACAUGUCGAGGUAUUGAAUAUAAUGACGGGAUGAUUUAUGUUUGCUGUGGCGGUUGGAAUGCAGGUGCAGAAGGUGCUGUUUGUAUUAAAGUAUUUUCUGUUUCUGGAGGAUUGCGAUAUGAAUUAUCUUACCAUGGCGGAAUUGAAUGGCCUCGACGUAUAGUAUUAUCGAGCUCUUCAAACGAUUUCUCUGUGUUUGAUGGAUAUCAAGGUAUCAUUCAUAUAGAUAAAAACCGAAGCAUGAACAAAGUUAAUGUAGAUAACUUAGAACUUCCUGGCCCCUCUAGUAAAAGUAAAAUAAACAAAAACCUGUUCUGUGUUGCUCUUACAUCAAGCAAUUUACUUUUGAUGUCACAUGACGGGAAAUAUCAGGUAGAACUACUGGCAGGACUCGCUGGUAAAUCAAAUCUUCAGGGUAUGUGUUUCGAUAACAAAACACCACGGCUUGUUGUCUCCCAUUCGGACAGUGACAAAAUUUUCGUUUAUACUUUAAAAGUAACUGAUUGAUUUAUUUUAAAUGGACAUACCGGUAUAGCUUGUGACUUAAUCUGACCGAAUUACCGCUGGUGAAAUAAGGCAGAUGUGUGUCUCUGAAUAAAAGUUUUGACCUGCGAAAAGAAUAUUGUUUAAACAUUGUGUCACAAAGUAUAUAUGAAAAAGCAUGAAAUAUAAUAUUUGUGGACGGUAUAUUGCAGCGUAAGAUUAUGUUAUAUACAUGUUACUUUUUUUCAUAAAAAUUGUUUAGGCAUGUUAAUUUGAUGACUUCAAAAUAACUUCUGCAACUGCAUGUAUAUUAAAAAUAUCGGUUAUGCAGCAUAAAAAGUAAUAUUGAAAAUUUUAAGGUACAUUGAUUGAAAUUUCAUACUAAUGGUUGAUUUACACUAUUUGCGGCGUUUGAAAUAAUAAAUACAUCAAGGAUAAGCAAAAAUGUAGGAAAAUAUUUGUAGAAUUAUCUACAUAUGAAACACAGCCAAUUUUAAAAUCGGGCUGUAUAUAGAACGAAACAAUUAAUGCAGUAACAGUACAAAUGAUAGCUCAAUAUCCAAGUGUACAAAAGGAGGAAACUGAGCAAUCUACAAAUUUAUUAAUUGUUUUUUCUUUCUUUCAUUUUGAUUUAUCGAUUAUUUGUUUGUUUCUUUUGUUUUUUUUAACUAUGGAUUCACAGUUAACUUUAAACCUAUAAAUGUUAUUUGCCAGUAAAUGAAAUGUUAUUUUUGCUCGAUUUUUUUUAGAAAAUUUAAAGUUUAUUUUCACCUUUACAUUGACCCACAUAGCAUUUAGAAAACAUCGUCGAUCCACCAAAUAUGGUCUCGGAUACAACGAUGAACACGUGACUUUCGAUGUAAACAUAUCUAGUGGUUAUAAGUUAUAAGUAUCGGAUGUACUUAUUUAUGAACUUCAUUGGAAAAGAACCAACAUACAUUUAUUAUUAAAAAUGAUGUCUGACAAUCAGUAUCGGAAAGGACGGAAAAGUUGUGAUAGUAUAUUAUAUUAAACGAGAUCGCUAAGUUAGCGAAUUCAUAUUAAAUUUUAUCAGUUGUAUAAAAAGGGACUAUAAAGAUUUAGUUAAUUUAGUUAAUAGAUAUAUAUUUUUUCUUUUAAUUUUAUCUAAUUUAUCAAAAAUAAAUUUGUAAACACAUAGUAAUGUGCUUAUUUAAUUAUUUGAAACUAUUUCGUCAUUGCAUAUAGUUUACAUCGUUGUAUUUUGAAUUGAUAUCACGACAUUAUAGUUAUGGUUAUGGACAUAUUAUUUCAUUCUAUUUAAUACCUUUCUUGUUUGGUUGCUCCACUUUUCCAAAAUGGAAACUAUAUAGUCACCCUAAAGAUAUAUAGCUUGCUUUUGAGGUUUGUCUCUUGUCAUCUGCAGGUCUAUCUCUAUCAAAAUUUCUUUUUUCCAUUAUUUAGUUCCACCCAUUGUUUUUUCCAAGUUUAGGGCUCAUACAUUCAUCUUCUCGGGAACCGUUUUUUAUAAAAUGUCACUUAAGUGGUGACCACAUAGAAAACUGCAUGAUAAUCGCCGUAUGCAUGCACGUCUGCGUUUCUUUCUAUAGUUGAAUACUGCCUUAGCCAACGAUAAGGGUCGUGGACGGUUGUUUGAUAUGGUUUUCACUUAACGUUUGAACAUAUACUUGUUUUAAACUCCUUAUGCAUUUUU